AUGUGCCAUGUUGUGCGGCCCGAGAAACCGUCCGUCGCAGAAUAUUAUUUCUUCAACUACGCCACCACCAAACACUUGGCCAACUUUUUGAUCAAUCAUAGCAGCUCUCUCAAUGGGGCAACAGAUUGCACCGUUGAUCACUUCACCUACAUGAUGCCCCGGCCAUCUGGCAUUGUCCGUUAUCUGGGCAUCGCCCUGAUUAUGCUAUUCACCCUCUACAUCUUCAACAACAAUGCCUACGAAAUCACAGUCUCCAGCCUCCACCGCCCCGGUGGCCUGUCGGGAGGUGGCCGUUUGUACAAAGGAACCAACAAGCUUCACCCGAUCGACAGUCUGAUCUUCGACGCGCAAACCAGGUUUACCGACCUCCUCCACAAGGAAACAAAGACCGUCGAGGACGCCGCCCAAGCAUACCGCAAGCGCCGCGGCCGCCACCCGCCGCCCGGCUUCCACCAGUGGUUCGAGUUUGCCCAGUCCCACGGCGCCAUCAUCGUCGAGGACUUCUUUGACCAAAUUCACCACGACCUAGAGCCGUUUUGGGGCGUCGACCCGGCCGCCAUGCGCCGCGAGUCGCAGGCCUUUGAGAUGACCAUCAACGUGCGCGACGGCAACGCCACCACGGGGUCCGACUGGUUCUGGACUAAGAUCUGGCUCGGCCUCGUCAAGAACAUCGAGCACCUGCUGCCCGACAUGGACAUUCCCCUCAACGCCAUGGAUGAACCUCGCAUCAUCACCCCGUACGAGGACAUUCAGCACUACAUGGCCAAGGCGGCCAAAACGACCGGCCUCGCCGACCCUGUGACGGUUGUAAGCGGGUUCCAGUCACUACCGCACGGCGCCAACACGGACGAUGGAAAGGUGCUCGACAAGGCGUGGGAGGGCGAAGAGACAAACCCCUUUUGGAACCUCGUCCGCCGCGGCUGCCCGCCGCAGAGUCUGGCCCGAACCUCGCCCGUGCAGACCGACUUUUCCGACACACCCGUCUUCAACACGUCGCUCGCCAAAGCGCACUCGUACCACGGCUUCGUCGCCAACAGCUCGCUCGCGCGCGACGUGUGCCACCAGCCGGACGUGCAGGGUCUCGCCGGCGUCUUCAUUGAGCCGCUGUCGACGAGCACCACCAAGGUGCUCUUUCCGCUCUUCGGCGGCUCCAAGCUCGCCGUCAACAAUGAGAUUCUCAUCCCUGCCGCCAUGUACUACGACGGCGACAAGCGCUUCACCGGCGGCGACGAACACGGCGCGGCGUGGGCCGACAAGACUCCCGGCGUCAUCUGGCGCGGCGUUGCCACGGGCGGCCGCAACCGCCCCGAGACCUGGAAGGGCUUUCAGCGCCACCGCUUUGUCGCCAUGAACAACGGCACGACGCUGAGCCGCGCCGAGGUGGCCGGCGCCGAAGCCCCAGAAAACUUUGCCAUGCCGGACCGCUCCGUGUACCGCGUGCGCGCGCAGACCGACGGCAAGCUCGGCGAGUGGAUCAGCAACUUGACCAACGUUGGGCUGACUGAUCUCGUCUGCACGCCGGCCCAGCCCGACCACCGCUGCCGCUACAUGGACCACGCGUACGAUACCGUUGAAGGCGUCUCCCUCCCCGAUCAGUUUAACACCACGAUCCUGCCCGACAUUGACGGCAACUCGUUUUCUGGGCGCUACAUUGGCUUCCUCCGGUCCACGUCGCUGCCGGUCAAGGCCACCUUUUGGCGCGAGUGGCACGACAGCCGGCUUGUUGCCUGGAAGCACUUUGUGCCCAUGGACAAUCGCUUCACCGACUACUACGGCAUCUUGGAUUACUUUCUCGGCUACGACGGCCGCGGCGCCCACGACAUGGCCGCGGAAAAGAUUGCCACGGACGGAAAAGACUGGGCGGACCGCGUCUUGCGCAAGGAAGACAUGGAAAUCUAUGUCCUCCGCCUGCUCCUCGAGUAUGGGCGCCUGCUGGAUGACCGCAGGGAGACGAUGGGCUGGGUCCAGGACGUCCUGGCCAAGCCUGCUCUGAUGCGCAAGUGGAAGCAGUGGUAA